GUUGAGCUCGGGCUGGAUAAGGGCUCAGAGUUGCACGGAGUGUGGCUGAACCACCAAGGCGGGAGUGGAGGUUCGCGGACUCAGGGAGACAGGCAGACACAGGCAGGCAAGGCGGCAGUGGUGUCCGAGCUGCAAAUCCGGUUUUCUUUUCUGCUUUCUCACCAACUGCCCAGAGCUAGCGCCUGUGGCUCCGGGGCUGGUGUUUUGGGGAGCGUCCGGAGAGCCCCUUCUCCAGCCGCCCCCAGGAGAAGAGCCCCGCUGCCCGGGAGCUGCUGACAGCGCGGAGCGAGGCGGCAGUCCGUCCGGGGAAGUCCGGAGAGCGGCUGCAGCGGCCAAGAACUUUCCUGGCCAGGAGGACAGGGGACAAGUGGCCCGGGUCCCGGAGCGAACUUUUGCAAAGCUUUGCUGCGCGUGAAGCUGUGGCGGCGGCGGUGAAGACGAGAAGGCGGCGGAGAGAGGAGACCGAGGAGGGACGUGCGCUCAGCUUCUCUCGCACCGGUUGCUGAACUUGGGCGAGCGCGAGCCGCGGCUGCCAGGCGCCGCCUCCCCCUCGCAGCGGAGGAGGGGACAGUCGUCGGCGUUGGGGCGGCGGAGAGCCGCCGCCGGCCGGCCACAGCGGGAUCGGCGCUGACUGCUGCCGCCGGGAAGGCCGCUGUCGCCGGGAAGCGCAUUCGUCCGCCGGCUCCCAGGAACCGCUGCGCCCGAGAGCGCUUCGUGAGUGACCGCGACUUUUCAAAGCCGGGCUGCGCGCGCGAGCUGACAAGAGUGCGGGCGGCACCUGACCUCUGAGCGCCUGGGGAGCGAGCUGGUGAGCAGGGCGCAGGGGGGAGGACAGCCGGCGGGUGCGCGCGCCUCUCGAGAAACUUUCCUUGCCCAGGGCCCGGGGAGGCGCGGGUGCCCCCCGCUCGCCAGCGCGCUGUUGCGGCCCCGAAACUUCUGCGCGCAGCCCAAACUAACCCCACGUGAAGUGACGGACUGUUCUAUGACUGCAAAGAUGGAAACGACCUUCUACGACGAUGCCCUGAAUGCCUCGUUCCUCCAGUCUGAGAGCGGCGCCUACGGCUACAGUAACCCCAAGAUCCUGAAACAGAGUAUGACCCUGAACCUGGCCGACCCGGUGGGCAGCCUGAAGCCGCACCUCCGGGCCAAGAACUCGGACCUCCUCACCUCACCCGACGUGGGGCUGCUCAAGCUGGCCUCGCCCGAGCUGGAGCGCCUGAUAAUCCAGUCCAGCAACGGGCACAUCACCACCACGCCGACCCCCACGCAGUUCUUGUGCCCUAAAAACGUGACAGACGAGCAGGAGGGCUUCGCCGAGGGUUUCGUGCGCGCCCUGGCCGAACUGCACAGCCAGAACACGCUGCCCAGCGUCACGUCGGCGGCGCAGCCGGUCAGCGGGGCGGGCAUGGUGGCUCCGGCAGUGGCUUCGGCGGCGGGUGGCAGCGGCAGCGGCGGCUUCAGUGCCAGCCUGCACAGCGAGCCGCCGGUCUACGCCAACCUCAGCAACUUCAACCCCGGCGCGCUGAGCAGCGGCGGCGGGGCGCCCUCCUACGGCGCUGCCGGCCUGGCCUUUCCCGCGCAGCCCCAGCAGCAGCAGCAGCCCCCGCAGCCGCCGCACCACCUGCCCCAGCAGCUCCCCGUGCAGCACCCGCGGCUGCAGGCCUUGAAGGAGGAGCCGCAGACGGUGCCCGAGAUGCCCGGGGAAACGCCGCCCCUGUCCCCCAUCGACAUGGAGUCGCAGGAGAGGAUCAAGGCAGAGAGGAAGCGCAUGAGGAACCGCAUAGCUGCCUCCAAGUGCCGGAAAAGGAAGCUGGAGAGGAUCGCCCGGCUGGAGGAAAAAGUGAAAACCUUGAAAGCGCAGAACUCGGAGCUGGCGUCCACGGCCAACAUGCUCAGGGAACAGGUGGCACAGCUUAAACAGAAAGUCAUGAACCACGUUAACAGUGGGUGCCAACUCAUGCUAACGCAGCAGUUGCAAACGUUUUGAAGAGAGACUGUCGGGGGCUGAGGGACAACAGAGAAAAAAAAAAUUACACAGAGAGACAGACUUGAGAACUUGACAAGUUGAGAGAGCGAGAGAGAGAGAGAAAAGAAGUGUCCAAGGACUAAAGCCAAGGGUAUCCAAGUUGGACUGGGCGGCGUCCUGACGGCGCCCCCAGUGUGCACGAGUGGGAAGGACUUGGCGCGCCCUCCCUUGGCAUGGGGCCAGGGAGCGGCUGCCUGCGGGCUGCCCCGCUUUGCGGACGGGCUGUCCCCGCAGGAACAGAACGUUAGACUUUUCUUUAACAUUGACCAAGAACUGCAUGGACCUAACAUUCGAUCUCAUUCAGUAUUAAAGGGGGGGGAGGGGGGGGGUUCCAAACUGCAAUAGAGACUGUAGAUUGCUUCUGUAGUACUCCUUAAGAACACAAAGGGGGGCGGGGGUUGGGGGAGGGGAGGCGGGAGGGAGGUUUGUGAGAGCGAGGCUGAGCCUGCAGAUGAACUCUUUCUGGCCUGCCUUCCUUAACUGUGUAUGUACAUAUAUAUAUUUUUUAAUUUGAUGAAAGCUGAUUACUGUCAAUAAACAGCUUCAUGCCUUUGUAAGUUAUUUCAUGUUUGUUUGUUUGGGUAUCCUGCCCAGUGUUGUUUGUAAAUAAGAGAUUUGGAGCACUCUGAGUUUACCAUUUGUAAUAAAGUAUAUAAUUUUUUUA